ACACAGUUGUCAAGUCUUGGGCAAGGCGUCACGCAAAACCUUUAUAAAUCCAACCUCUGGAGAAGGAAAAACCCUAAGACGAAAGAAGCUCCCGGUUCUACGUACAAAUCGCUGUAUCUAUACCCUAGGAUCGAUCUCCGAUGGGUAUAAUCAGAACUGCUUUCAAACUAACGGCGGGGACGAUGUUCGGAGUGUACGUAGCUCAAAACUACGACGUUCCGAACAUAAAGAAGCUCAUCAACACGGGGCUCGUGUUCGCGAAGCACCUGGAGGAGAAUUACCGGAAGCCGAACAAGAAGGACGAGGAUAAUUGAUCGGGAAACAGUUGAGGUUUCGUUCGACUCAGAGUUUUUUUUUUCUUCCUAAUUUUUGAAGUUUCUGUUUUGGUCCUGUAGUUGAAAUCCUAUCAUCGGUGAGGGUUUUGUUAGUGAUGAUGAUCGAAACGAUGAAAUUUGACUGGAAUUCUGGAUUAUAUGGAUAGUGAAAAGUUGAAGAAUUUUGGUUAUGUGUUAGGGUGUUUUCCUGUUUUAACUUUGAACUCUGUGUGUUAUUUUUAUGUCUUGCCGAGAAAGUACUGGUCUUACUGGAAAAGAAAAGGAAAAAAAAGGUACUAAACGAUACAAUCCAGUGUUUACAUCGGAGGGAGAGGAUUAAUAUCUUGCAUUUGAUUCCGUCUUUGUUUGAGGAUAGGACUGUAAACGAACUGAGAUGCUCACAAGCAGCUAAUGGCUCUGGUUGGCUUGUUUAGUAAUCGAGCCAAGCUCGACACUCAAAAGCUCGGCUUGUUUGUAUAGGCCGAUCGUUAGGUAAAUUAGCUAGGCUCGGCUUGGGCUCGUUUACAACCGAGCCGAGUUCGAGUUUUAGGCGCGUAUAGUAAAUGAGCCUAGCGAAUACUAUGAAGCUCGGCUUGUUUAGACUCCUAUUUGAGGACAUAAUUAAAGGUUUCAGUGGUGAAAACAUAUGAGAAUACUUUGCGUUUGAUUCAAUCAAGAUUAUUGCUUAAGUGGAUUGGAUUUAAGACAUUUAUGAGAAAUUAAUUGCAUUUGGUCCUCUUUGUUGAAAAUGGACUGGAAAGGUUUAGUUUCGAGAAUUGUGAGACGAAAGGAAAGAUUAUGUGACAUAUGUUCUAGUUUCUUACGAUGGGUUCACUGUCCCUGGAGUUCUUGUUAUGGUAGUACUCAAGAACUUAAUUGUAUUCAAGUCAACUUUUCAGAUUGAUCCAAGAAUGAUUUAAGCUUGUGGCUUCUUUUUAGUGCUAGUAUAACACAGACUUAACUGUAGAUUUUCUUUUUUUGGUGCAACGGAAAUUACAUUAAUUGACCAAACAGAAGCAGAGUCAUACAGACUAAAAUAGCAACAACUUAAAACAGAAAACUGAAGACCUAGGUUCUGAGAUGCCCGACACCUAGGCAGUCGGCGAUCACGUAUUCCCUUGCCACAAGGGGAACUUGCUCUGUGACGACUAAACUUUCAUAUUGUUCAGCUCCCAAUCGGGCUAGUCAGUCCGCCGUUUGGUUGGCUUGACAGAAGAUGUGGCUAAUUCUGGUUCCAGUUCAGGUUGCCAACAUUUUUGCGUCUUUGACUAGAAUGCGUUGGGGGUGAUCCAUAGCGGCGCCGCCAUUGACUAGAUUCACCGCAAUACAUGAGUCAGAUUAAAUCUUCACAUGCUGUAGCCCUUUUUCUUGAAUGAUUGUAAGUCCUAUGUACAUUGCCCAAAGCUCAGCUUCCAAGCUCAAGUUGCAUUCCAACUUUCCAUAAAACCCUAGAAUCCAUGCCCCUGCAUCGUUUCUGAAAACUCCUCGAAAUCCAGGUUUAUUGUUGGAGUCAUACCAACAUCCGUCCGUAUUUAGUUUUAUCUCUCCUCCACAAGGGAACCUCCAAACAAUUAAAUGAUUACUGUAGUACUAUCAGUUUGGAUGGGAGUUUUAAACGCUUCCCCAAUUUCCUUGGCAUAAGAGUUAAUAGCUUUGAGGCUCACUGCUGGUGGAAUAUUAACAUUAUUGAAACUCUGUUUUGUUUCUAUCUUUCCUAAUUUGCCAAAGAGUGGUAACAAAAACUGUAUUCCAAGGGAUAUCUCUAUCCUAACGAUAGGAGUGACUGGAUUUACCAUUAACUACAAUCCAAUCGUUAAGGGUUCUCCUGAGAAGGUUUCUAAUCCAGUUGUUGUGACAAAUAGAGGACUACAUGUCUUUGGCUUUGGGGCAUUCACGAAAUAGGUGACUCAAACUCUCAGGACUGGUAUUACAGCGAGGGCAAGCGCUCGAAAGGUUGAUUUUUCUGUUAGCUCUCAACGGGUUUGAUGGCAAUUUGUCAUCCGAAAUGAGCCAUAAGUUUUAAUUUCUUCCGGGAUUUUGAGCUUCCAGAACAAAAUCCAACCCUUCGUAUCCGUAUCCUCAAAAUUGAUUAGAUCAUAGGCAGCAGCAGUAGUGAAUCCAUUACUCCCAGGACUGGCCCAGGUAAGGUAGGGUGAUCAGGGGAAUUCGUGUAACUAGAGAGAUGUAUGUUAUAAAUGAUAUUCGUAUCCUGUUGAUCUACUAUGUGUGUGUGCUAUGUUUGAAAGAUCCCAGGUAUCAUUAUCAUCAACAAUCUCUUUUACCUUCGUAUUACCAUUAGUAUGGGGUCCCUGAUACUUUAAGAUAAGAGGGCCACUCCCACACCACCAGUCCUUCCAAAGAUCCACUUUGGAUCCAUCUCAAUGGUCCAUUUAUUCCCCUUUUGAUUAUGUGAUUGGUGUUGACCAUGCUACGCCAAACAUGUGAAGCAUUACGUUUUUGGUGCUAUCAGUGACGUCUACCAUACCUAACUAUACCAUCCAAUGGUCCAUUUAUUUGGUCUCUUAGCAUUUUAACCCAUGCAUGGUGACUUUCCAGCUAAGUUUGGUUAGGAGUGCCAAGUUUUGGUUUCUAGCUUUCCUGAUACCAAGUCCACCCCUAUCUUGCAUUUACAAACAGUAGUCCAAUUAACAAGGUGAAUGUUUUUGGUGCUAUCAGUAUCUCCCCAAAGGAAGUUUCUAUUAAUUCUGUCCAAAUUAUCACACACACUCACAGGGAUUUCCAUAGUCUGCAUGGUAUAGUUAGGUAUGGUAGACGUCACCGAUUGCACGAGAGUAGCCCUACCUGCUAAGUUCAAAACAUUAGCUUUCCAGCCAGCAAGUCUCCUGUGUACUUUUUCGACAAUAGGAUUAAAGUGCAGUCUGCUCAAUAUACUCUGAAGUAAAGGCACACCCAAGUAUUUCCC